AAACUCGAUCAGCUACAAGCUAUCGUCCAUGUCGGAUGUUUACGUUGAAUCCGAUCGAUCCGCUCCGUUUCACGUGUGUUCACGCUUUUCCAUGAUCGGUUGUAAUAAGAGGUUAUAAAUAUGAGUAAUAUUUACAUACAGGAACCGCCUACAACGGGCAAGGUGGUAAUGAAGACAACGGUUGGCGACAUAGAUCUGGAGCUGUGGACGAAGGAAGCACCCAAGGCUUGCCGAAAUUUUAUACAGCUCUGCUUGGAGGGCUAUUAUGACGGCACCAUAUUCCACAGAAUCGUAAAAGGCUUCAUAGCGCAGGGUGGGGAUCCGACAGGAACGGGAGAAGGCGGCGAGAGCGUAUACGGCUAUCCCUUUAAGGAUGAAUUUCACACAAGAUUACGGUUUUGUCGGAGGGGAUUGCUCGCUAUGGCCAACGCUGGCAAAGAUGACAAUGGUUCUCAGUUCUUUUUCACGCUUAGCGCGACACCCGAGUUACAAAAUAAGCAUACCAUCUUUGGUAAAGUCACUGGUGAAACUGUUUACAAUAUGCUCAAGUUGGAGGAUGCGCUUGUGGAUGAGAACGACAGACCUCAAUAUCCGCAAAAAAUCUUGAAAACGGAGGUUUUAAAUAAUCCAUUUCAUGAUAUCGUCCCGAGAGUAUCUGAAAAGAAGGAAGACAGCAGAGAGAGAAAGAAGAAUAAGACGACUGGUGUAAAGAAUUUCAAACUUCUGUCGUUCGGGGAAGAAGCUGAGGAAGAUGAAGAGGAAUCGUCAGUUUUAAACAAACAGUAUAGCGGUAAGGGAAAAUCAGCGCACGAUUGUUUAUCUGAUCCGAAGUUAAGCUCACAAUCUGUGGUCGAAUCUGCUGAACCACCAAGUAAAAAGAUCAAAGAGGAUCGCAGCAGUGAUUGGGAAAGCGAUGACGAAACACGAACUCCAGAAGAAUUGGCUGCUUCAAGAAAAGAAAAGGAAGCUCUGAAAGAAAGAAUCAAGAAUAAGUUAAAGGAUUCCAAGAAGAUUUCUCAACCAAAACCGACAAUCGAGAACGACGAAACGAAGGAUGAGAAUAUAAACGAAAAUGAGGAAAUCGAAGAAUAUUAUUUUGGAAAAGAUCGAGAUGAAGAACGCAAGAGAAAGGCCGAAGCAAUCAGGAAAGAGAUACGCGAUCUAAAGCGCAGCGUACAAAAUGAGAAGAAAGCGAAGGAGAUGGAUCGUAAGCAGCAAACUGAGAAGGAAGAGAAUAAGUCUGAAAUAAUGAAAGAGUACAUGGAGACACAGGAAAAAUAUAAAAAGGCUAAGGAAAAAUUGCCUAAGAAGGGCAAAACGCGGGAGGAUUUCACGAUGGAACUGUUCAAGCAAUUUAAGAGUAAACUUCAAACCGCCAAGGAACAUACGAAGGAUAAUACCACGAGUUCUGAUAAGAAGACAUCGGAAGAUACCGAGGACGAUGAUCCGCAAGAUGAAUCUUGGUUAACACACGCUUUGCACUGCGAGGAGAAGGUUCCGGUGCUUGCCAAGGACGCCAGCACGAAGAACGACGAUUGGUUUGAAAUCUACGAUCCUCGAAAUCCAUUGAAUAAACGACGCCGGGGAGAGAAGUCCCACAAGUCUAAAGAUGACAAAGAUGGCAAGAGUUUUUCCCGCCAUAAAAAUAAUCCAUAAUUAUUAUAAUAUAAUUAGAUGUAAAUUAAGAAUCGUUUUUAAUUGAUUAAAUCCUUAGUGCACGAAGAAUAAGUGUAUAUAGAAACUAAAAAUUAUGUAUAAAUUAUAUUUCGAUAAAAUAUACUUCUCGAAUUCUUCUCGAAA